AUGUCAACGUUGGACGAUGUACAUCGCACAAAGAGUUGCAUCUUGCUCAAGGAUGUCAGUCCAACGCGUUCUGUCUACAGACUGAACCUGGAUGCACAAGAGGCUAUGGCUGGUUAUGAACUCGGGGACUGGCUUUUUAAUGAUCAUAUUCCCAAACGACUCGUCAACCUUUUGGCGGUACCUCUUCCAUUGUCUUGUCGGCGCAAGCCACACAUCCCGACUGUAGCGCUAGGGCGGCUUCCUGCCUCGGCAGAGGUCCUUCUCCAUAUCUUCGAGAAGAUAGAUAACCUGCACGAUGCAUUAUCCCUUGGACUCACCAAUACAACCAUCUUAGCAGUCGGUCGCAAGCCCAUCCAUACUCUCGCGUCUGCUGCCCACGCGAGCUGGGCGGGUGGGCGGAUCAUUUGCAUUGGCUCGGACACAAAACGCGAAGACCUUCCACUAGGCAUGCUCACUCCGGCUGAAGAGAGCGAUAUUUUCACUGCUCAAGCAUCAGAGACAGAUGCUCACGGAAUCGCCAAGCGCGAGCAUGAUAGCCCGCCCAAGGCGUGCGGUACUCUUCACACUUACGUUGGAGAGCACUUCCACAAACUCGUUCCGGGCCGUUUUCCCAGCAUUCUUGGGGCGCAUCAAUAUAGACUCCGCCCGAUGGAGAGAACGCUUUCUGACGCGUUGACUCUACCCAGGUAUGUCGCUGGCAACCGCUCCGACUCUUCUUGGGUCUUGUGCAAUAUAACGAAGCGGCAAUAUGUUCGUGCCAAUGCAACGGUUGCCCUGUCGCGCAAGACUGCUGCUGGCCCGUUUAUAGAUGAAAAAGUGGGCCUCGGCGAAGUUCUCGCGACGCUCAUCUGCUGCUCGGGGAACCCUUCCACCUCUAUCCCGAACUCUGGCUCCUUGCAUAGAGGCAAGUGGGCGGGCGACCGUAUCGAGAUAACCACAGUAGGCCGAUUGCGUGCUGGGAAACGGCUGUGGAAAGAUGUCAGCAAGGAAGUUCUGAAUGUCGUCGCAGAAAUAUGGGAUGCGGAGCACUACGGAGGCAGUUGGCGGCCUAGAGUUGUUGAUUCGAUGUGA